AUGCUUUCCUCAGAGCUGCGCCCCGCCGCCUCCAGCUCCGGCGACCUGCCCGCGGACGCGCUGUACGAGGUCCUCCUCCUCCUCCCGGCCAAGGAGCUCUGCCGCCUCCGCGCCGUCUGCCCCGGCUGGCGCGCCCUCACCUCCGACCCGCUCUUCGUCGCGGCGCACAAGUCCCGCCACCGUACUGCGCUCCCGCUCCUCGCCAUGGGCUACUGCGACGGCAGUGGGGUCAAUGGCGUUGCGAUUUCGGGUCUGUCGGGCAACGUCGUGAGGAGGAUUCGAAGCACCGGGUAUGAGGUUGUUAGGGUGAACAUUGCGUCGGGUGAUGCCAUUGGCCGGUUCACAAGCAAGGACGAUAGCAUCUGUGUUGUGCGCACACGGCUAGACCUUGUCUGUUUCAACUGGAAUUUCUUCUCUGGGUCCUUCUGGGUGCUGAACCCAGCCACUGGAGCUACCAUCGACUUGCCAAUGGGCUUCUCUGAGGAAAUUGCGCAUGAGCUAGAGGUGAAGCCAAUGAAGGAAUAUAGGUGCAGACGUGAGUCGUUUGCUUUUGGGCAGGUCUCCUCUAGCAGGGAGUAUAAGGCGCUCCGCAUCUCUAGAGUUGAUGACCGGAAGGUAUGUGAGGUUAUCACCUUUGAUGACACCAACCAUGGAAGCUGGAGGAGAAAGCAGGACCCUCCGUCCCAUAUCUGUACCAGUCACAGGAUGAGAAGUGCGGUCGUCGAUGGGGUGGUGUACUUCCUGAUGGAAUUUUGCUACUCUAAUUAUGAAACUGGAGUUAUUACCAUUGAACCUGGUAGCGUAGCUUCUUUCAACCUCGACACAGAGGAGUGGAUGGGUGUUCUACGUGGUCCAGAACAGCUGGAGAGGUUUUUGCAAGACAACGGGGGAUACACUUACUCAGGACUUGAACACGAGUUAUCAUUGGCUGAGUUGAACGGCUGCUUAGUUGUGGCUCAUAAUAUUUAUGACAUAUCUAUGGACUUGUGGUUUUUGACAGAUUUUGAGAAAGGUAUUUGGGUCAAGAAAUACAGCUUGCCUUCACAUGUUGCUAGGCUUUUUUGGUAUCCUUUUCUCAUGUUACAUGAUGGGAGAAUUUUCUUCAGUGGGAUGGAUUGUCUGGAAGGUAUAUUAAGUGAUGGAGAGAAAGGAGAGGGAUUUCUGCAAUGUUAUGAUCCAAGGAAUGGCACAUGUACUGAUGAACUAAAACUGAGAGAUCCCCGAUCAAUCGGCAUUUACACAGGAAGCCUGCUGAGUUUAUAG